AUGAAUCCUCUCGACAGAAAUCCGCGUGAAGCUUCCCUAGGCUUCACAGCCUUGGUCGAAGGUCUUGAACUGGCGCAGUACUACAGCACCUUGGUGGUGGUGGUGGGGGGUAGCAGUGGCUUUAGUUGCCCUUUAGCGGGCAGUGGCGAAGAUUCAGAUGCCACCGUGUGGGGCGCCGCCCCGCUUUUUUGGGGUGGUUGGGACUGGCGGUCAGCUGGGAAGGUACGAGUGCGGAAGAUACGAACCACUCUGCUAUUUUUUGUCAUUGGUACCUACGAACAGCUACGGAUACAGAGGGAAGUGUCACAGCAGUGGCCCACGGGGGAGGAGAUCGUGCCCCGAUGUUUGCUGCAAGAGGAUGCCGUCGACUCGACGGCCUCUUUGGCGCCACAAAUCCUGGAUUUCUAUCCGAAAGUUGGCAUCGCCGGUGAAACCUUCUUGGUGGAGAUUUUUGGGCGUCGAUUUCCCCACAUCCUCCCACAGGAGAACAACUCAGUUGUCGAAUGCACCCUGGGUGGUGAUGGAUAUCGUAGCCCUGCCGUGCUGUUGUCCGACAAGCGCGCCCUUUGCAACAUCACCUCCCCAGUAGCCACCAGCUCCAAACUGGGUCUGAUCUUCGCCAAUGUUCUGCAGGCAUAUGCCAAGAAGAAGAUAACCUUUGGACGAGUCGCUGCGCCGACACUACAGGUGACCACGGUUUUAGCGGAAGAUACAUCCGAGGAGUGCAAGGAUACGCAGGUUUUCUGCCAGCCUCCUCCACCGGAGCCCGCCUUGGACACCGUGCCGCCGCAGCGCAGCUUCGAUCCGCAACCUGUUUCCACUACCAGCACGACAGAUGAUGUGGACAAUCUCUACUCCAUAUGGGAGGUGGUGUCCGUGGUCCCAGAUGCCCUUCCCUUGAACGAUUCAGCGUACAUCAUCACCUUUUCGGUGCCGCCGCAGAACGGCCUGGCCUGUCGCUUGUUUCCAGAUGGCCAGCAGGUCUUUGCAUCCAAGUUGACCAACGACAGCAUUUCUUGUCCUGUGGCCAUCGGAGCCCCUGGCUCCUAUGCCCUGCAAAUCGCGGAGGCACCAGAUUUCAACUUCCUCACUUUGCCCCUGAUGAUUGAGGUCUUUGCGCAGCCGUCGAUCUUGCACCUGUCACCUGUACAGGUCUAUCCUGGGCAAGGUUGGACGUUGUACCUCCUGGCAACCAAGUUCCCCGAGCAGCGCAUGGCAGUGGCCAGCUUUCGAUGCAAGGUUGGUGAGCUCCUGGUCCCUGGCGAGGUGUCCACCAGCCGUGUGGCAUCUUGCAGCCUUACCUCGGAGGACGUCACUCAGAUCGGCCCCGGGCGCGUGGCCGUGGAGGUGCUGAUCGAUGGGCUCCAUGAGAGUCGCAGCGAGCCGCGGAUCUUUCUGGAGGUGAUGCCGGAGAUGGUCCAGGUUGACACCUUGUCCGGAGAUUCCAUGGUGCCGUUGCCGCGUGGGCAGCCUCUGUUCGUGACGGGCCGGCGGCUGCCAGUGGAUGCUGGCUGCAUCUUUGGUGAGGACAUCCCCUCCGAAGGCCUCAAGGCCGCGUUCAGCGCGGCCAGCUUUCACAAUGAGAGCAGCAUCUCCUGUACCGUGCCGCAGGAAGCCUCUCUGGGCGUGCAACGCUUUCGUUUGGCGGCGGCCGGGCAGGAGCUUCUGGUGCAGACAACAUCCAAAAUGAGUCUCAUCCUGACUGACCGACCUGAACAUCAGGACAUCCAGGAGGACAGCGCCUGUGCAGGCGCUACCUGUGGGAUUUCCCGGCGCUAUUUGCCGGAGGCGGAUUUCUACAGGAUGACGGGACUUGAUGGAUGGCCUGGUGGCUAUUCCCAGCUCCUCCCCUCGUUGCUGCCCGACAUCCGCAGCUCCAUUCGCUUCGCCCCCAUGAGCGCCUUCGCGGAGCAAGUGCCCUUGCGCUUCGGCGGGACAGGCGCGGCGGAGCCGAGCUCGGAGCCAGGCCUGCUGGACUACGGGCGCUUGUUCCCGCAGAAUUUCUUCUGCGAAGUGGAAACGCUCCGCUUCGCUGCGCGUUUGGUGCGCGAAGAACGGUGGCCCUUUUUGUGCCAGGUGGACCUUAGUAGCUACAAAGGUUUGCAGGUGCGUGUUCAGCUGAUCUUCAGCAACGCAGGUAUCGAGGAGAGGAUCGGACCAGCCUUCGAUCUGCAGCUCCUGUUGCGGCCUCGGGUGCUGGAAGUCUCGCCCAAACAAGCCCUGCUGGGCAUCGCCACACCGCUCUCGUUGGAUCUGGCUGUGCCGGUGCCGCAGGGCGCCAUGCUACGCUGCGACUUCGGGAGGCAAGGCUCCGCAGUUGCCACGGCCAUCGGACGAUCCGUGCACUGCCGCGCGCCCACGCUGGACGCGGCGGCGCGGAGUACGUUGCAGCUGCAGCUGGUGCUGGAGGAAACGGAGGUGAACAUCACCCAGAGGAUCUUGAUCAUGGCACAAGAGGACUUUCGUUUCGAAGCCCCUCCGACGGAUCCUGUGAUUGAAGCCCUACCUCCCUUCAGCGCCCCCGUAGGGGACUAUGUCUUCUUAGAAUGGAAAAGCCAUGCGCCAAUCUUCGAGGUCCUAGCGCGGGUGCCGUAUCACUGCUCCUGGCGUGGCACGGAAAUCGGGGACCUGAGCACCCCGCUGAUGGCACUUUCACCUUCCUUUGGGCGCUGUCGGGUGCCCGUGGCCUCACUGCCUCACUCGGCCGCGGUGCGUUUGGAAGAUCCGGGCGGCCAGGUCGUCUUGGACGGACCCCUCUUCAGCUACUAUUCCCCAGUGCUGGACGUUUGGUGGUUCCAAGAGGACGAACCAACGGCCGCCCCAUCGAUGGAGUCGAGCGAUCGCAUUGAGGACCUGCUGGGAAACGUGCCAGCGCCCGCGCCGGACGUGGGCCCG